GGGAAGCGCCCUUUUCGAGAGAUUCCAGAGAAGAAAUAUGUUUUGGGCACGCCGCCUCCUGGUCUGAGUGGUGUUUCAGCUGGUGCUCUGCUGGGGGUCUCUUUGCUGCGGCCCCUCUCUUUGCUGGUGCAUUGGCUGCUGUGCUAGAUAUUUCGUCUUUGGGCUCUUCUUGCUUGGUGGAUAUUCAUAUGUACGGAGAUGCUGGCUGCCCAUCUAUUUUGCAAAGGACAAUUUCUUCCAGUUCUAAUGUGCGCACGAGUGGGGGGCGUCAGGGUUCGUUGUCAGCUAGCUGUCUGAAUCUUCGUGCUUCGGAUUUGUCUCAUGAUCUGCUGCACGUACGACACGUACGACAAGGGGACAACAGAAUUCUACUGAAUUGUGGCGGCGCCAUCGAGAGAUUCAUGAAUGAAAUGUCCUGUGUUGGGUUCUUCAGAUUAUGCCUGAACCAGCAGGAGCCUCCGAAGCAGCAAGAGAGUAAUGGAUGGGGAAACUGGCAGAUCCGUUUGUGUGGACGACAGCUCGAUGGUGGCAACUCGGCUAGGUUUGCCGUGAGAAGGCCAGACUACGCGAGAGAUUUGGCGUGUGUAGUUUAUGUUGUUGGUAAUUACGGUGGAGUGUGGUUAGAUUAUCAGCUUUUCUAGAUGCAUAGGGCAUCGAAGGAGCGGUGGAUAUGAGCUCCUACGGCAAAACUACUGCGCCUUGAGCAACGUCAGAGGAGCCGGCUCCCGCUGAGAAUACAUUUUAUUUUCUCUAGCCGAUUAAUUCCA